GGGAGCGCAGUUUGGCUGGGAGCUGCCCGGCCGCCGCCCGCUGGGAAAGGGACGCAAAGGGCACGGCCGCCGCGCUCUCCCGCGAGGGCCCGAGCAGGUGGGCGAUCCUGGGCAUCCGCCCGGGGCCGCCUUGAUAGGUCGGCCAGGGAGGCCGCGGGUGCCGGGCGCGGCGAUGUGGAAGCUGCCGAUGGUGCCGCUGCUGAUCAACCUGGCCGGCUCCGCGCUGGGCUGCUGGGCCACUCUGCGCCUGAUCCCCGCCUUCCGGGAGCACUUCCUCGCCGCCCGGCUGUGCGGGUCCGACCUGAACAAGCCCACUAAGCAGCCCAUCCCCGAGUCCCAGGGCGUGAUCAGCGGGGCCGUCUUCCUGAUUAUCCUCUUCUGCUUCAUCCCCGUGCCCUUCCUGAGCUGCUUCGCGGAGGAGCGGUGCCAGGCCUUCCCGCACCACGAGCUGGUGGCGUUCGUGGGAGCCCUGCUGGCCAUUUGCUGCAUGAUCUUCCUGGGCUUCGCUGACGAUGUUCUCAACCUACGCUGGCGGCACAAGCUGCUGCUGCCCACCAUGGCCUCCUUGCCCCUGCUCAUGGUCUAUUUCACCAACUUUGGGAACACCACCAUUGUGGUGCCGAAGCCCUUCCGGAUGCUGCUGGGUGUGCACCUCGACCUGGGGAUCCUCUACUACGUGUACAUGGGCAUGCUAGCCGUGUUCUGCACCAACGCAAUCAAUAUUCUGGCCGGGAUCAAUGGUCUGGAAGCUGGGCAGUCGCUGGUGAUUGCUGCCUCGAUCAUUGCUUUCAAUAUCACAGAGCUAACGGGGGAUUGCAAAGAUGACCACGUUUUCUCCCUCUACUUCAUGAUUCCCUUUUUCUUUACCACGCUGGGGUUGUUGUACCACAAUUGGUACCCCUCCCGUGUGUUCGUGGGAGACACCUUCUGCUACUUCGCCGGCAUGACCUUUGCCGUGGUGGGGAUCCUUGGGCACUUCAGCAAGACGAUGCUGCUGUUCUUUAUCCCGCAAGUGAUCAACUUCCUCUACUCGCUGCCUCAGCUUUUCCACAUCAUCCCUUGCCCCCGCCAUCGAUUACCCAGAUUUAACACAGGCACAGGGAAGCUAGAGAUGAGCUACUCACGGUUCAAGUCAAAGAGCCUCUCCCCCUGGGGAGCGUAUAUCCUCCAGGUAGCUGAGAAACUCUGCUUGGUGGAUGUGCGUCAGGGAACAGACAAAGAUGGAGACUUUACAGAAUGCAAUAACAUGACCCUUAUUAACUUGGUGCUGAAGCUGAUAGGACCAACUCCUGAGCGAAACUUGACAGUUCUGCUGCUGCUGCUGCAGGUCGGUGGGAGUGCAGUAGCUUUUGCUAUCCGGUACCAGCUGGUGCGGCUGUUUUACGACAUCUGAGCCGGCGUGUGGCUGUCUGCUCUUCCUCUGUCCCUGCCAUCCAUCCGUCGGAGAAAAGCUGUGAAUGCUGUCCUGUCUGGGGCAGUUCUUAGUCCCUGCCAGAAGGGCGGCUGCUGUUGCUGCUGUUGCGGGAGCAGCAUGGUGCAGCUUCUGUUCCUGACAGAACAGGGGGGUGGCUGCUUCUCCAGUGGAGCCCCACGAACUCCAGGGAAGAUCAGGCAAGCCAAAGUGUCCCACUGUCAAGUCUCCUGCAAAAGCCCCACUUUGCAGUCAGGUGAUGGGGGCUCUCCUCUCCUGGAUGCAGCUCAGAAGCCCCUCAGGUGAUCUCAGCCCACCUGUGGUCCCCUUGCAUCUCCAGGCGAGAGGGAGUCCAAUGGAGUCCACACCUUUCGCAACUGUGGGAAGUAGGAGACCCUAUAGGCUUCCUAAAUGGUUCCCCUGCCAUUUAUUAUGGGGGAGGAUUUCAUUUUGGUGUCUUCAGUGUGUGCUGAGAAGAACUUCAGUUAUUUAAGAUCUUGCUCUGAAGCCUAUUUAGAACUGCAGUACUUCUGUCACCUUUUCCACAGACUUCACCAGGUAUAAAUUUGUGCAGUGUUUUCCUAUA